GCCGACGAAACAACGAUGUUGGACGAGCGGACGCCAGAUGAGGUCGAGAAAACUAUUUUCCUUUCCCAGUCUACAACAAAUAAAAGCGCUUGCGAGACGAAUAAUGGUGACUCCCAGUCAAUGACAUCACUUAAGCUGCCUGAAAAUUUAAAGAUCGUGAGUAAUAAACGGGUAUUUCAUGAAUUGGGCGACCAGUUUCCUCACCCCUCUGGAGUGUCAGAUCAGGGUGAAAGCUCGUAUGAUAGGGGAACUGACCUGACUCGUUUAUUAGAAACUGUUGGUGUCUGCGAUGGUUUAUUUUUGUCCAAAACCGCUCCCGAACAGACCGGUGACAUUCAGAAAUCCACUGAUUGUGAGACUCAACUAACCUCUAACCGUCUGGACAAGACGAAUCCUCUAGAAAAAGAUUUACAGUAUGAUGAGCGUCGAGAGGAAUUUGCCGGUGCCAGUAAAGAUCUUUUCGAGCCCAUUCGAAAUCUGGCCGGAGGCUACGAUGGACCGUUUGUGGUGGGGCAGAACACAUUAUUUGCAGAGAAUUGGUCAUCCAAAAAUCGCACGGAAAAAAUUGAAAAACCCUCUGUCCGAGGAGGAAUUUUGAAAAAUCGAUUCAUGAGGCAACCUUCAACUACUAUGGGGGACAUUUUGAAAGAAUUGACUCACUCUCCAGUCACUGAACAUUUAAGAUGUAAGAGUAUUCCAGCAAUGAGAGAUUCUGCAGUAUCUGAUCACCAUGCCAAGAACUCACAGGCGGAGAAUGCCGGAGACAUCUUCAACGAUCUUUAUCAAAUGUAUCCAAAGUCGGUGGUAGACAAACUCCUGCGGUUAUGGAAUAUUGAGAGGCAACGGGUGAUAGCGGAUUUCAAAAAGAUGCACCAACAAAGGAUCUCAAAAAUGGAACGAGCCGCCAAACAGGAACUUGAGGAAAAAGUUCGCAGUAUCAAGAACGGAAAAGAAACACUGGUCAAACUGUGGGAGUGCAAAGAACGAAUCGAUCGGUUCAUGAAAGCUCCUAGAUUUCCCAGCGGGGGCGAGGAGCAGCAGAAGCAGCUCAUGGAGGCGUUGCGUGUCGAAAUCGCCGAGGAGAGGGCCAAACUCAAGACGGAGUCGGAUUUGAAUACCCAGUUAAAGGUGGGUCUCGCCAAAGCGACCUUGGAGAAAGAAGAGCAGGACGCAAACUUCACCGCGAUGAAAGACGAGCUUAGGAAUCUCGCCGAACAAUUGUGCGAUGUGUUGGCGGCGAUUUGCGAUGAGUACGAGACGCAGCACAUCGCGUUGAAUAAGAAUAUUUUAGGGUGGCUUGACUCAAAGCCAGAGGUCAGUAAUACGUAGGUAUGCCUCUGAAUACCAUAAAGAAUAAUUCAAAAA